AAUUUCAUAAUAAAUAUGGCGGCGUCAGAUGCAGAGAACAAUCUGAAAUAUAAUAAGGAUAUUUGGCAUUAUAGACAAGAAGGAAAUCAAAGAUUGGUUGUGUAUAGUCUGCAGAGAAAAGUUGUUCAAAUAUUCCAAAAGCGUAGAGUGUUAACGAAUCCGACAGAGUCUCAAAAGACUGAGCCAAUGACUAAAGAUGAACUUUUAGAAAAAUUAAGGUUUAUUAGAAGUGUAAUAAGUCCAUUAAUUGGAAAUGAUUUUGUUCAUAUUGGUUGUACAAUUGAACACGAUGAGAAAUAUUUGAGAGACUUGAAUAAUUCUGUAAAGCAAUAUAGGUCCAAGUCCAGACUGGAUAAAGAAAUUGACUUUACCUGCCCGUUUGCGAUUGAAAUGCCUGAUCUCUGUUUCGUACCAAAUUCAAAUGACAUGCCAACAUUUGCUGUGGAGAUUAAAGCUAAAAGUGGACUGAUUCCCAAUUGGGAUUAUCCUUUCCUAAAAGGCGUUUGCAAGUUUUGUAUGUCUCAACACUACAAGUUGAAGAUUGGCAAAUGGUGCGACGGAAAAAUCAUUUGGGCCGAAGAAGUACGUGAGCUUGACACAUUAAUAUCCAAUUUGCGAAAGUUUUUGAAGACGGAAAAUGGUAUAUCGAAUGAUUGCUUAUUAACACGCUUCUUCGAUAUUCUUAUAAAAACUCUAUUAUGGACAAGAAGUGAUGAAAAGCAGAUAAGAGGAUCUCCUGUUUGUGCGGCAGUGCAGCAUAAUUCUAGCAGAAAUCAAGAAAAAGAAGGCUAUCUGCCAAAAGAUUGCGUCUUAGAAGGAAUUUGGAAAUUACAAAAAAUAGAUACAAUUCGUAAUAUUCGAACCAUUUAUAAUUCCUACAAAAAAGUUGGGAAUAAAAAGGAAAUUGAUGAUUAUUUAAUAUCAACGGUAGCCAAUGAUUGCUCGAUAAUGGUUGCACUUCAAUCGGAAAUCAAACAAAACGGAAUACAAAUAAAAACUGAUUUCGAUUGCUAUACAUGUUCAGUAGGUGUUAUAGAUUUGGAUAAAAAACCAGCGUCGAAGAUCGAUGGUCAUUAUCAAGAGCUUUUAAAGUCAGUUGCAGUUUAUCGAAAUAGUUGCUCCGUUCAUUAG